AUGGCAGGCCAGAAGGAUGAGUCGCACGCGACACAAUCGUCUUUGUGGACUAGGUCCCUUCUGGCUGGGGCAGCUGCCGGUCUCACCGUAGAUGUUUCUCUCUUCCCCCUCGAUACGAUCAAGACCAGACUUCAGCAAGCUCGCCAUCACGCACCCAGCUCUUCGGCAGGAGCCUCACUAAAUGCCGGUGCAAGUAGCUUACAGGUUCUUCGACAAACCUUUCGCGGAAUAUAUGCAGGCUUACCGUCUGUUCUUCUUGGUUCUGCUCCGUCGGCCGCGAGUUUCUUCGUCGUUUACGAUGGCGUGAAACGACAUUUCCUCCCUCCGAACACGUCUUCCUCGGCGCCAGUUCCAUGGCAGCAUACUUUUCUCACACAUUCGGUCGCGUCGUCUCUGGGUGAGAUUGCCGCUUGUGCUGUUCGCGUGCCCACAGAGGUCAUAAAACAGCGUGCUCAGGCAGGACUCUUUGGUGGUUCGACAUUAUUGGCACUUAAAGAUAUUCUCUCUUUACGCCAUGGCAGUGGAAGUCAGGGAGGACCAAUUCUCGUUAUCCGCGAGUUAUACCGGGGGACCUCAAUUACGAUCGCUCGAGAAAUCCCCUUUACUAUAUUACAGUUUACGAUGUGGGAAGGGAUGAAAGAUGCUUAUGCCACUUGGAAGAAGGAGAAUGACCCGACCGAGACGUCGACAACCAUUUCUGCAACGUCGAGUGCAUUCUUCGGGAGUAUUGCUGGAGCGAUAUCCGCCGGGUUGACUACUCCUCUUGAUGUCGUCAAAACACGAGUUAUGUUAGCCCGGCGUGGCGGAAACCCUGGAUCAAGCACAGAUAAAAUCAGAGUUAGAGACAUUGUCAAAGGAAUAUGGAGAGACGAGGGCGCCAGUGCAUUUUGGAGAGGCAUUGGACCUCGAGUCGCCUGGAUCGGAAUUGGAGGUGCUAUCUUCCUGGGUAGUUACCAGCGAGCUUGGAACCUGAUGGAGGGCCACCGCGCCAAAAAGGAGCUCGAAGCCGACCCAUUAUGA